AUGGAGCUGAUUUUCCCUGACAUGGACUCGAACAUUUUACCUCAGGAGCCCAGUUCCAUUAGUCCCAGGUGCUUUUGGAGAAAGAAGCAGAAGGAAGAGGAUGAUGGAGACUCAUUAACAUAUCACACCUUCUUUACUAGCCCCAUAAAUAGAACAGAUGCUGCUGAGUAUUUGAAAGGCCAUUUGAAUGAAGGCCUGCCUCUUCACAGUUUCCACAGCACAGUAGCAGGUGAUGCCUUGUCUAAAGAAACCCCAUUCUCUUUCUAUGAAUGUCAUCCUAACUGGGUAGAAGUAAUGGCCAUAGAGUCCCCUGAUGAACAUUCCAUCAAUGUAACACCAAAGGAAAACUAUAAAUUUGUAUUGGCCUUCAUUUUUUCCUUGGAUGAAGUCAUCAGAAACCCUGAUCUUUUACCAAAUAUGUCUUUCCAUUUUGAAAUUCUGUCAAGUCGAUGUAAGACUGUGUCACAAUUACGCAGUUGCCUUGAACAUUCUCUCAACAUUGAUGAUAUUACUCCUAAUUAUAAGUGUGUAAAUUUGAAGAAAUGUGUAGUUAUGCUUUCAGGACCAAGCUGGAUAGUAUCUUCUAUGGUUGGGAAAGCCAUGCACAGCAUCAUUCAUCAGCAGAUUCUUCAGCUAACCUAUGGACCCUUCCAUCCUACCCUGAGUGAUUGUGAACAAUUUCCUUUUCUGUAUCAAAUGGCCCCUGAAGAUACAUCUCUACCCCUGGCCAUGGUCUCCCUCAUACUUUACUUCAGUUGGAAUUGGGUUGGACUGACCGUCUCAGACAAUGAUCAGGGUAUCCAAUUUCUCUCAUAUUUGAGAACAGAGAUGGAAAAAAGUAUCCUUUGCUUUGCUUUUGUGAACAUGAUUCCACCCAGCAUGCAUUUAUACAUGUCAAGAGCUGAAGUGUAUUAUAACCAAAUCUUGACAUCAUCCACAAAUGUUGUUAUCAUUUACGGUGACACAGACAGUACUCUAGCUGUCAGCUUUAGAACGUGGGUCUCCCGAGGUAUACAGAGAAUAUGGGUCACCACCUCACAGUGGGAAGUCACUUCAAGUAAGAGUGACUUCUUGCCUGAAUUGUUCCGUGGGACUCUGGCAUUUGCACACCACCAUGCUGAGAUUUCUGGUCUUAGAAAUUUUAUCCAGACAGUGAACCCUCUCAAAUACUCAGAUGAAUACCUGGCAAGGCUGGAAUGGAUGAACUUUAAUUGUGGAAUCUUGGAUUCUAUGUGUAAGACUCUGAGGAAAAGCUCAUCCAACAGCUCAUUGGAAUGGCUGAUUGCACAGACAUUUGACAUGGCUUUUAGUGAUGACAGCUAUGACAUAUACAAUGCUGUGUAUACUAUGGCCCAUGUCUACCAUGAGAUGCUUAUUCAGUCAAUGGGCAAUCAGGAAGUACACUUGUCUAACUGCUUGGAGCUGUACUCCUUAAUUAGGAAGACCCACUUCACUAGUCCAGUUGGGGACAGAGUGAAUAUGAACCAGAAAGAAAAACUGCAGCCAGAGUAUGACAUUUUCCAGCUUUGGAAUUUCCCAAAUGGUCUUGGACUUAAGGUGAAGAUAGGAAUGUUUAGCCCGUAUUUUCCACAUGGUCAACAGCUCCAUUUAUAUGAAGACGUUCUAGAGUGGGCCACAGGAAGUAGACAGAUGUUGCCCUCUGUGUGCAGUACUGAUUGUGGUCCUGGAUUCAGAAAGCUGAGGCACGAGGGAAUGGCAGCCUGCUGUUUUGAUUGCACUCCCUGCCCAGAAAAUGAUAUUUCUAAUGAGACAAAUGUGGAUCAGUGUGUAAAGUGUCCAGAGAACCAGUAUGCCAAAGCACAACAGAUCCAUUGCAUUGACAAAACUGUGAGUUCUCUGACCUAUGAAGACCCCCUGGGGAUGUCUCUGACAUUAAUGGCCUUGUGCUUCACUGCAUUCACAUCUAUUGUUCUUGGGAUCUUCAUAAAGCACCAUGACACUCCACUUGUGAAGGCCAAUAACCAGAAUCUCAGCUACACCUUGCUUGUUUCACUCAUCUUUUGCUUUCUAUGUCCCUUGCUCUUUAUUGGCCAUCCCAAUGCAGCUACGUGCAUCCUUCAGCAAAUCACAUUUGGAGUGAUAUUCACAGUAGCUAUUUCCACUGUGUUGGCCAAAACAGUUACUGUGCUUCUGGCUUUUAGAGUCACAACCCCCGGAAGAAGGAUAAGGUGCUUCCUGAUUUCUAGGGCACCCAACUUCAUCAUUGUCAUCUGUAGCCUCAUCCAAAUUAUUCUCUGUGCAAUUUGGCUGGGAGUUUCUCCUCCAUUUAUUGACAUUGAUGCCAAGAGUGGGCAUGGCCACAUCAUCAUUGUAUGUAACAAGGGCUCAAUUAUUGCAUUCUACUGUGUCUUGGGAUACCAUGGCUCCCUUGCAUUAGGGAGCUUCGUUGUGGCUUUCUUGGCCAGGAAUCUCCCUGACACAUUCAAUGAAGCCAAGUUGCUGACAUUCAGCAUGUUGGUGUUCUGCAGUGUCUGGGUCACCUUUCUUCCUGUCUACCAUAGCACCAAGGGCAAGGUCAUGGUAGCUGUGGAGGUUUUCUCCAUCUUGGCCUCCAGUGCAGGCUUGCUGGGGUGUAUCUUUAUUCCCAAGUGCUAUAUAAUUCUGUUAAGACCAGAAAGAAAUUCUCUUAGAAAGUUCAAAGAAAAAGCAUUUUCCUGA